CUCCUUUCAUAAUCUUUGUUUUUAGCAGGAGCUUCCGCCUUUGCAUCACGAACGUCAAGCUGACCACCGAUUACGGAACUAGAGCUAGAGAACAAGUUCCCCGCCCACUUUCAAGUCGAAUCGCAGAACUGUCUCUUGAGACGAGGAGUGGAACGGAGGUUUCCACAUAAAGAAGCUCAAAUUUGAACUGCAGUCUUUUCAAUGCUGUCAACUUUGAUCCUGUCCACUGAUCCGGCAUCUCCGUGGCGAAAGAUUUGAGUAUCGAGACGUUCAAUUUUCCUCUGCAAGUUCUACUGGCUAAAUGAGCUGUAGGUAUUGUGAAGGAAAGAGCAUGACGCGACGUGCAUGUGCAUCAGCGGAAUUGAUACACUGGCCCCGAAUACUGCAGAAAGUGUAGAAAUUUGUGCAGGUGAGAGGAGCCAGCAUGGCGAGUGUGGCUGCAGCCAUCGAGGAAGCAUCUGUCUUCAAAGCUGAUGAAGACCUCUGGUGGGAAUCUCAUACACAGCUGUUCCAGCUACUGGACAAGAGUAUUUCUAGUGAUGGAGGGCAGUUUUCAGACAGGAGCAGACGUGAUAUCUCGGACUAUGACACAGAGCAGCAAUUUGGCAAAGACACUAUCCUGGCCGAAAAGCUGAAGAAUAGUCACCGGUGGCUGCUUCAGCUAUUCAGACGUUUCAAGCCCCCGAGUGUAUCCUCGAAAGCUGCUCUUAAUUCCCCCCGAGUAGCUGUGGGCAAAUGUAUAUUGGAGAUAAAAGCACAUACACGAGAUCUGGCUCUUCGAGUGAGCACGAUCCUGGUAUUAGAUGAAAUUCAAGCCUACAUACUAUCGAACAGGUUAUGUGAAUCAAGAGUUGUAUGUAGUCCACCGGAUGAGAGUGUGCUUCUUUCAUCUAUUGUAAUGAGUUUCUACAUGGAGAAGCAAAGCUUGUUAAAAAGUUUACGCCUUCUUUUGACAUGCCAAAUGGCUGAAGAAGAUUCUUCGGCAAGGCUAUCGCAAGCAAUAUCUGACGAAGUCAAGAAAUUGUUGGAGGAUGGAUUAGAGGAUAAACUGUUAGAAUCUCUCAAAGACUCUCUCUCUUCGGCGCAACCUCAGCAUCUGGAUCGUCAAUACGCUGAUUUAUGGGCGGAAGAAGCAGCUUUGGAGCAAACUCUUUUGCUCGACAAUGUGUUUCUUUUGUAUUACGAGCCACUUUGUGUAUGCAAGUUUACACGGUUGAAGGAGUUGAUUAUUCUGUUCGAGGGUUUAACUGUCGGGGGAAGCAAGAAUGAAAUCUUAGCGUUGACUCCGGAAGUUGAGAAGUCUGUGAGACAUGCCAGACGUCAAGCCGUGCUCAUCAUUAUAGAAGUGUUGGAUCUUGAAAGUUUGCUGCUAAUGUUGCAUAGUGAAACCCCCUUCAGUCAAGGUGGAUGUGCCUUGUCAGUAGACGAGUUGCUACAGCUGGAUGCAGUAAUGGCUGGGUUGGAUUUGGACCGAGCUCCUGAGUAUAGCCCUGUUUUGCUGAGUUGGGCCAUAUUCCUGUGCCUCGUCUCAUUUCUUCCCCUUAAUGACGGACAGACAGGCCUAUCUGAAGUGGAUCACACAGCGUAUGUGAAGCAGGCGUACGAUGCUGGUGCUUACAAUUUCUUGGUGGACAUGCUCCGUGAUGACUAUUUCCAAGAGUUCGAUAUUCAGGUAGGCGGCUACAAAAGUGUCAUCAAGACCCUUAUGGCAGCUUUUCUUGCUGCCUAUGACUUUGCUAGUCAGAUGACAAUAGACGGACAUGACAUUCUCGUCGAUAUACUUUGUGAACUCUAUCGCGGUCAGGAAGCUCUUUGCCUGGAGCUUUGGGAUCGGGACAGUGUGAUCGAUGGACCAAUUCGGAGCUUGUUAUUUUCCCUGUGGGAUUCUUUCCCGUAUCAAACUUCAUCUCUCGUUCGGCUGCUUGGUGCUCAGUGUGAGGGUACAUGGCCAGCAGAAUGUGUAUACGACUUUCUCUAUAAGAUGGUUGACAUAACGUGUUUAUAUCAACGUCAUGAACUAUCUUUGACUAACGAGAGUGGAACUAUGGUCCAAACUCCUGUGACUCUGCAAGUACCCGAUGCUCCAGGCCUACUUAUACCAGCUGGUUCAUCUGGAUCCAUAUUGAGAGAGCUUGACGGGGGUGUCUGCCUUGUGCGCUGGGAGUGUAAGCACAGUGGAAUUGUUGUUCUACUACUCCGAAUGCUGCAACGGUCCAGUGUCAGUUAUCAGUUCGAAGAAGUUCUGGCGACCGUUGACCUUAUUAACCGAAUGCUGACAUGUAAUAAGGUUCUCACCCAGCUCCUUUUAGAUCUGGAUGGGGCUUCAGCGACAGUAGGUGCUCGUCGUGAUGGACGAAUGGAGAGCUCUUUGAGACUGGACGUGGUAAGCAUGAUCUGCUGUGUGAUCAAUGGUUUGGUUCAAAAUUCUGGAGAUGACAAGAUGGUUGCAUCCUGUAUUGGAAUCCUUACAUCGUUCGCUUUAUGCUGUCCCGAGCGAGUGAUGAUGGAGUUAGGUCAGAGCAUUCUUCUUCAGCCGUCUGGAAGUUAUCUAAGCUUCAGUGAUGGCGGUGCCUUUCCAGGUACUCUUUUGCAUGAGUUGAUUGUGAAGACAGAACAAAGUUGUGGUCGGUAUCCUCUUACAAUAGCAGUUUUGGAUUUCUGCAAUACAAUGGUGGAGAAAGGAGUCGUCGCAGAUUCAUUGGCAUCUUUGUUGUUGCAUGUUGUCGGAAAUCUCUUUGUGAACCAUAGUCACUGGAAGUAUCAGCAAUGGCACGAGCGAUGGAUUAUAACCACCAAAGUUCUGUCCAUUUUACGCACUGUGCUUACAGGCAUCAUACGAUCCAAAGAAGUCUCAAACUUAAAAGGAGUUUUGGAGCUGCUAUUGUAUGACUGCAUUAUCCAUGACGCUCUCAUAAGUAUCCUUUCUGUCAACGCCCAAGAAUUGGAGGAGCUACACUAUAACCGUGCCGUCGGCGUGAAAGAAAUUGAGUGGCUUCAGCAAGCAAUCUUUUCCGUUUUAAUGUUACUUCACGAUCUCGUGCUGGAUGUCUCGUCUGGUGUCUGCUCAAAGGAGUAUGGAGGCACCACAUUGUUGGAACAAACCUUGUUCCGGAAAACAGCAGGUUCUUUGCCUGUUGUAACUGCUAUCGCAUCGUUUUUGGGCUUCUCUCGAAAUGGGGACUUACAAUUCGCCAGUGCGAAAGCCCUGACGAGUUUGUUCCUUCUCGCUCAAAAGUCUCGGACACAUCCUUUCAGUAUAGCGAACUAUAUAUCUAGCAAUGAUCAGAAAUUGGUGAUGCGUAGCGCGAUUGGUGAUUUGUUGUCUGAAGAGACAGCCAUUUCCAACUGCUCCCUUUUUGAAGCUGUUAUCGAUCUUCUGACGGCAGCAGUCCGGUGGCAGCCUGCUUUAGUGGAGCAACUUCUCUUCCCAAUGGAGCAGUACGAAGUGCUUGAGAGAUCUUCCGACAAGGAGUCAGCAAAGAUUGCAAACUUUAAAAGCGCAGCAAGGCCGGAGUGGUUCUCAGAAGGGCUCGAUGCUCUCUGGAAGUUUGUGACGAACUCCGCGGCGCUAGGCAAAAGCCAUCCUCGAGUACUAGCUCGAGUCCUCUUCCUGCUGGCAGCAAUUUGGGAAGGAGGCACAGAUUACAUGCGCAUCAUAGAGGCACUUCGAAGCCGGAAUCAGUUUUGGAGGCACCUCACGGGUUGCCUUUCUUUCACUAAUGCUGCAGCCUCGGAUACACCUACGCUUCUUUCCAAGAUCAUGGUUACUGUUGAUCCCGAAACGUCCAUAACCUCAAGCAUAAGCAAGGAUAAACUCGUUGAAUUUUCUUUCCGGUACUCCUGUGAAGCAUCUGUUUUCUCAAUCAUGGCCCGAGACAUUUUUCUCCAACAGCAUCUUGUGCAAACGGGAGUUCUGGGCGUAAAGAAUGGUGCACUCGCUGGUUCUGUAGAAGACAACAAAGAUGACGUGGGAGGAGGGACAGCUCAAACGAGCAGCGGAACCACCAAAUCUAAGCAGGCUAUUGAAGCGUCAGGUGCUCAGCAGGUUGUGACAGAGUGGUGCAGGGCUUUCCAGAUGAGCGCAAUUAUGAGAUCGUAUGCGCAUAGUUUGUAUGAUAAAAGUGUGCUACUUCGUGCGAAGGCUGAAGCCCGUCUGUUAAUUGUCGGUUUGAUGGGAAAGAUUCUAUCCGGUGAUUGUAGAGGACUUAACGCAGCACUUGCGAGAAGAAUACGAGACGCAGCUAAGCAGAUCAGUCAACAUCCGUCGCUUGAAGAACUUUCCGAGGAAUACUCUACUCGUGGUUACAGUUACGGUGAAAGGCUACAAGUAAUGCUUGUCAACGACCUUUUCCACCACCUCCAAGGCGAACUAGAUGGAGGAAGGCCUAUACCGUCGGGCUCGUUUCAACAUGUGGCAGAUUUCCUCGUUAGUAAUGAGGUUGACUUGUUACUCCAACCUACUGUUUCAACUAAGCUACCAGAUCUUCAUCCAUGUUACGGUGAUACCUUUAUCUACGACACUGUCGCGCUGGAAGCAGAACUUGGGCUCGAGUGGUGGGCCACUGCAGAUUUUGGUGUUGUAACGGCAUAUGUUGCAGAAAGCACCUCUAAGUGGCUACAGAGCUCCAAUGCGAUGGCUUGUCUAGGGGAUUCCCAACUUUCUGCCUUAAAAUCCUGGACAACUCUUCUCUCAGUAACGGUUUUCAAUAAACUUGAGGCUCAUUCUCUAUCAGAAAUUGAUUGGACCGACGCUACACUGAAAAGCUACAACACAGAGCUCUGCGAUGCCUUAGAGGGAAUACUCAGCUCCAUAGGACAAUCAGGGGAUACAAGUAACCUUACCCCGAACUUCAUGACAUCCCAAGUGCAGUUGGUUUUGGUUUUUAUUCGAUGGUUAUCUUGCCUGGGCAAGCCUUCUAUGCAGGUGUCUGUUUGGGGCAUAUGUGCCCACUUAUCUCGCACGGUGGUGAAUUGCCUCAGGAAACUUCUUGAUGCUCGCUGUUUCUUACCGCAGCAAACGACAGACUUAUUGAAGCCUCUUCUGGGUGGUCUUCUUCUUAUUUUAGAGUUAAUGCAGUCCCAAAAGAGUAUUCUUGAUAGUAAACAGGGAUCCAGCGUGAUCGAGGAUAAGGAGGCUGGAGAUGCGUUUGCGGACGUGACAUUAGUCGGCCUGGGAUUUCUACCAUCACUUUGCCAUGCUGCGGAGAAGAGCGAAUUUGCAAAUAUUUCCUUAGCCAUAAUCAACGCAUUUAUGAAGAACUUUUUGGCACCUUCCACAUGGUUCCCUGUACUGCAGGACCAUUUUCCUCUCGGGGUUUCUCUCUCAAGGAUGCACGAGGAUCCACAAGGACUUGACUUCUCAAAGAUGAUGUUAAACUUCUGUUUACUGUUUGUGCGUCUAAGAAAUGGGGCAGAAUUGCUCCACGGAGCGGGAAUAUUCUCUCAUUUGCGAAUGCUCAACAAUCAGUUCAAGGAAGAAUUAUCUUUCUCCUCAGGAGAUAUGGAAGGGCCUUUCUCUGUAUUUUGGAAAAAUGGUAAACAGCACGACGGGCUUUGGGGGCUGGGUGUUUCCGUCGUAACGGGUCUGGUGCUUUCACUGGCCGAUAAGGACCCUGGAGGAUUAGUACUACAGAAUGCUAUAACCUACAUACAGUUGGAGAAAGAUCGUCUCUUGGGAGCACUUCGUUCGCCCAGUACACCCUUGGACCUGCAAGGCAGAAAGAAAGCGAAGCUUCAAAGGCCUCGUACUACACUUUCAGCUCUGCAGGAGACACAGCAUGUUGUAGCUCUGCUUUGUGAGGUUUCUCAUCAUAAUGCACAAUGGACCUGUACACUGAAAGAGUCAGUCUCCGACUUUGGGGAAUUGGUUGUUCACCUCUUGGCCUUUAUAGCUAGAGAGGGUCUUGUCCGACUGGGUAGCACUAUCCGUAGUGGAACUGGGACAGGAUUCAGUUGUUCUCCUGUGCUCAAAGACGAAAUUGUAGAUCAUACCAAGUCACCUACUGUGGGUAGUACAUGUGCUUGGUUUGCCGUUACUGCAACAGGAUGUUAUGUUGAAUCGAGCGAACCAUCUGACAGCUCACAGUCAAGUGUUCGUAGUCCAUCCCAGCCGCGUCAUCAUUCACCUAACAGAAGGACAUCCUCCUUGUCAUCAUCACCUGUUGGUGGAUUACGUGCUUCAGAAUACUCCGAAAGGGUUGCCAUCCAGAUCUAUAAGUUGGCGUUCCUCCUACUAAGACUCCUCUGUCAGCAGGCACAUCACGCAAUUGCAAGAGUAGAAGAAGGUGGUCCGCCUGAUUACUUGCAUUUUCCCGAGCUUCCAGCUCCUGAGAUUCUGCAUGGCUUACAGGAUCAGGUCGUGGCGAUAGUUACAGAAGUCUGUGGAAAGCCGCCGAACAAAGCAGCACUAGAAGUCAGUCGUCUUCUUCUUUCGAUCUUGGAGAUGACUUUGUAUUUGGAAGUCUGUAUCGUUAGAACAUGUGGUGUCGGGGCUCAGCCAAUGCGCUCCGAUGACUUUGGAAAAGAUUACAAGGCCAUGCUUCUAGCUGGAUGUGCCCAUACUUUUUUGGAAGCCUCCUUUCAGUCGUUAAAGCGAAUUAUGGCGACAGCGCAUCCAGCUCUUGUAUAAAUCGGUUCUAUCGAGGUCUUUCCAGCUUCGAUGUUCCUUAUCGAAGCUUUUCUACCUACAGACUCGUUGCGAUCAUAAAAUUGUAUAGGUAGUAGUACGUCGAGUCCGAUAGAUAGGCAUUGGCCUGAAUCUCGUUAAGCUAGUAUAAAGCAUCCAGGAGAGUAUGGUGCCUAAAGUAGCGAGAUUCCCAAGAUUUUGUCCUUUAAGAAAUCCCGCUGUACAUGUGAGCAUCAACAACGGCUUUUGAACGACCUUGACCUCCGGAUUCUUGUUUCAUUGCUUCACUACAACACAGGUGAAUUACUCAUCACUUGUAGAAGAAGCAAGCUGACUCGGAAUUGUCUGUGAGAUGUUCGAAGAGUAAAAGUUUUGAGAUGAAUCUUUUUAUCAGCUUUGGUUUCACCCCGUCUGUUUGAGGUGCAAUUGACCUUAGUCAUAUACCUGGUUGAAAGCAUUGCCUUACAAA